AUGGAGUGUGUUUCAACAGUGUCUUACUCAUUGGUGCUCAAUGGUGGCCUCACCAAACCGUUCCAGGCCAAGAGAGGGAUUAGACAAGGAGACCCCAUGUCUCCUUACCUAUUUGUCAUUGCAAUGGAGUAUUUACAAAGAGAGAUGAAUCAACUACCUGCCACAAAGGAAUUCAAAUACUAUCCAAGAUGCAAAAAGCUGGGAGUGACUCAUAUUUGUUUCGCUGACAACUUACUUAUGUUUUGUAGGGCAGAUAUAACCUCAAUAACCAAAAUGCAGGAAACUUUUCAAAGAUUUUCUGCUGUAUCUGGCCUUCAGACAAAUGCAAAUAAAAGCUCUAUCUACAUUGCUGGAGUACACUAG